UGGCCGUUGUCAAAAAUGGAUGCGCUCGCCUUGUCUCUUCUUUUCCUCCUCGCACUGCUCGCCUCCCUUCUUCUCGCCAGCGGUCGAGAAGCAAGAACCAAUCCGCCGGUCCGAAAUCUCCCGCCGGGCCCCGCGAAGCUCCCGAUCAUCGGUAACCUCCAUCAGAUACGCGGCAAUCUGCCGCACCAAUCCUUAUGGGAAAUCUCUAAGCGGUACGGCCCGCUCAUGCACCUAAAGCUCGGUCAAGUCUCCGCCGUCGUCGUCUCCUCCGCCGCCCUCGCCAAGGACGUCCUCCAGACCUUCGAUCUCGCCUGCUGCUCCCGCCCCCACAACGUCGCCACCUCCGAGUUCUCCUACGGCCGCUCCGACAUCGCCUUCAUCCCCUACGGCGACCGCUGGAAGCAGCUACGCAAGCUCUGUACCGUCGAAUUCUUCAGCGCCAGAAAAAUUAACUCUUUCACGUCCGUAAGGGAAGAUGAGAUCGCGAAGAUGGCGAAGCAUAUCUCUUCUCGCAUCUCGAGCUCCCUCGCCAUCGACGUGAGCGAGCUCACCUUGUGCUUCUCCUGCAACACGAUAUGCAGGACGGCCUUCGGCCGAGACAUCGUGGGCGACGACCUCAGCGUUUACGACGUACUCAGGGAAGCGCAGGAGGUGGUGACCAGCUUCUUCCUGGAAGACUACUUUCCCCUGCUCGGGUGGGUCGAUGUGGCGACGGGGAUGAAAUCGAGGCUUCGGAAAUCGUUUCUAGAGCUCGACGGCAUCUACCAGAAAUUCAUCGAUCGCCAUCUCAACGCGAAGACUAGUCGAUCAGAAAGUGAGGAUGAUGAGGAUUUAUUGGAUGCUCUGCUUCGGUUGCGGAAGGAUGGGCAGCUGACGGAGGAGAACGUCAAAGGAGUUCUUAUGAAUAUUUUUAUCGCCGGGACGGAUACUUCGUCGGCGGUGGUGGAAUGGGCGAUGGCUGAGCUCAUCAGGCGGCCGGAGUUGAUGAAGAGAUCCCAAGAGGAAGUGAGAAGCUGCGUGGGGAGAAGCAAAGGGAAGGUGGAAGAAAGCGACCUGCACCAGCUUCACUACCUUAAACGCAUCGUCAAGGAGACGAUGAGGCUGCACCCGCCGGCGCCGCUGCUCAUCAAGGAAACCAUGCACCCGGUCACUUUAAGCAACGGGUACCGAAUUCCUCCCAAGACGACGAUCUACGUGAACUCAUGGGCGAUCGGCAGGGAUCGGGAUGCGUGGGAGAGACCGGAGGUGUUCGACCCGGAGAGGUUUGUUAACAUGGCGUCGCCGGCGGUGGACUCGUUCGCGCACUAUGACUUCAAGCUGAUUCCGUUCGGCGAGGGGCGGAGGAUUUGCCCGGGGAAGAAUAUGGGGAUGCUGAUGGCGGAGGUGGCGCUGGCUAACCUCCUGUACUCCUUCGACUGGCAGUUGCCUCCGGGAAUGAGGGAGCAGGACGUGAGCAUGGAAGAAGCGCCGGGGGUCGCAGUUCACAGGAAGCAUGCUCUGCGGCUGAUGGCAGCCGAAUCUGAGGCAAACUAGCAGCUGUCGUUGCUUCAAUCUUUCCCGCUGUCGUUUUCAGUCUAAUAGUUUUCUUAAUGAUUGAACUAAAUUAAAAGAGUGAUUGAAAAUUAAACAAUUUAGAUCUUUGAUUGCCUAUGAAAAAGUAGGUUUCUCUCAAUUAAUUAACCCUAUACUAUUUCUCAGUAGGUAGGUUACAAAUUGGAGGAAAGAUGUUAGUAGAUUGUAUAUGAGGGUGAAGAUCAAUUAUAAUGGAUGGAU